CAGCUAACUAGCUUGUUUGCUAAUGCUAGCUGAGCAUCAGAACCGGCUUGAGAUCAUCGCCGCACCUCCCAGCACGAAUACCUCCUUUGUUAGUAGGUCGUUCGAAGGGGAUCUAGUGUGAAGAUUAGCUGCACAGCCAGGAAAGAUGUAUCAACUACCAGUAAAUAACCUCGCCAGGAUCCGGAGGGCAAGAAAACAGGUGAAAAAAUCCCUUGGGGACAUCGGUCUUGAGCUUUGUAAAGAGGCCGUAGAGGAUUUCAAGGAUUUUUGUCCAGAUGAGCAGUUUGUACAGGGCACCCUUUGUUUGGAUCUGUGUGCGUGGGAUCCAUCAUACUCUAAAACACAGGUAUACAGGUCAAAACCAUUUUGCUGCACUGAGUGUUCAUUUUCCUCCAAGUACUACUCAGGCUACAAAAAUCAUUUUCGCAAUGUACACAGAAAAAUAUUUGAUAGAAUACUCCUUAACUGUCCUUACUGCACCUUCACUGCAAGCAGGAAGACUAUGGAGAUCCAUAUAAGAAUAUUUCACCAAUCCAGGCUACCACAACCUAGCACUGCAAAUGCUCUUGGAACCCACCAGUAUGCCACCUCACAACAAACUGGAAUAAGACAAAAAGAUUCUUUUCUUGGUAGAGGCAGGCAGACAGAUGGUGUGGAGAAACCUGUGUACUAUUGUAAAAAGUGCACAUUCCGUGAUUCAUUAUAUAAUGUUGUUCGGCGGCACAUCUAUAGGGAGCAUUUUCAGCAUGUUGUCUCACCAUAUCUUGCUAUGGCCCCAAACCAGUCUGUUAAAAAUGGUGUUAGCAACACCAUUCUUUGUAAACGUUGCCAGUUCACCACUCGCAGUUACGAAGCGCUAGUACAGCAUGUUGUGGAGUACCAUGAACGGAUCGGAGCUCAAGUAACUGCCAUGGUUGGACAUGCUAAUAUGAUGGUCAGCAAGCCUCAAGCAUCUCCCUUAACUUCACAGAGGGUCCCUGUAAUCACAAAUAGAGCUUCGUCUAUCUCAGGUGAUCCUGGAGUGCAGCCGGUGAUUGGCUAUUUAAAACCAAAUGUUUCUAAAACCUACUCCUCCGGUGCACCAAUUAAAGCACGUACCCUACAAAGCAAAGGCAGUUUGGCUGAAAAUAAUGUCCCGUUAGUUAACACAGCACAAACUCAAAAGUGGAAGAUAUGCACGGUUUGCAAUGAGCUCUUUCCUGAAAAUCUCUACAGCGCUCACUUUGAGAGUGCCCAUAAGGCAAAGAAAGUGUGGGCCCUUGCCAAGUAUAUAAUGAAAAUCCACAACUUCACCAGCAAAUGUUUGCUUUGCAACCGCUAUUUACCUAGUGAUACACUGUUAAACCAUGUGUUAAUCCAUGGAUUGACGUGCCCACAGUGUCACUCAGCUUUCCACAGUGUUGAGAAGCUUAUAGAGCAUGGGACUGUGGCUCAUUCAACUCCUUUUGAUGGCCCUCCUGGGGCUUCACCUUUGACUUUUGAUCUCGCCCUCAAACAAGAUAAGUCUAGUAAUGUACAGCUGCUAGUUCUUACCUUCAAUACAAAUGAAUCUGUCAAUGGCCAAGAUGACACCUUGCUAAAUAGUCUAGGCUUGGCAAAAACACCUACAUCAAACAUGUUUGAGAAUAAAGGACAGCAACUUACCAAAAAUGCGCUCCCAUCUAUGUCCAAGAAACUUGAAAUGGGAAAGACCCUGUGUCCGCUGUGUUUCACUAUUCUGAAAGGUCCGAUAUCUGAUGCUUUGUCUCUUCAUUUGAGGCAGCGCCACCAAGUGCUCCAAACAAUGCAUCCAGUUGAAAAAAAGUUGACAUACAAGUGUAUUCAUUGCUUGGGAGUAUACACAAGUAACAUGGUGGCCUCUACUAUUACACUUCAUCUUGUGCAGUGCCGGGCUGUGGGGAGAAGCCAGGCUGCCCUUGCCCUAAAAGCUCCUUUGAAUCUGGGUACGUCUGGGUCAGGAUCACUUAAACGUCAGCUUCCAAUGCAAGGCUCAUCUAACCCCAAGAGGAUGAAUCUAGGCAAGGAGUUGGCCACAAGUGGAAGUCAAGAAGAAGGCGUUGACCUGGUUCUGGAUCCUUCCAGUUUUGAGCACAAGACUUAUGAAGCCAGAAAAGAGUUCCUGACUGCCUAUUUUAACCGCCGUCCCUAUGUCUCUGCUCAGGAAAAAGAGAAACUUUCAGCUAAGUUGUGGCUGUGGAAAGCUGACAUAGCCAGCCACUUUGCAGUGAAACAAAAGACAUGUGAAAAACAUUGCAAAACUUCAAGGUUAUCGGUGUUGUUGGGCUUUGAUAUGAAUGCUCUAAAUAAAGUAAAACAUGACCUGAUUUUUGAAAACCGUACCCCUGAGACAACAACUACAGUGCAGAAAGGAUUCAAGUCUCGUCCUCCCAACCCAGGUCAAAGUAGCUGUACCUUAAAACCUGGUGCGUGCAUGGAGACCAUAUCGAUUGACUCUGACAGUGAGCCAGAGAUGGACAAUAAACCAACUGAACAAGGAAGUUUUGAACCUGAUGAUACAUUAGUCGAAAUGUCCCAAAUGGAAUACAAUCAACCGGAUUCUGCUGACUCAAUGGAAACUGAACAUGAGACUCAAAAUGAGACAAACCUGUAUGGACAAGAAAUCACAGAUGGAGUGGAAAAACUCCCAGAUGAGAAAUCUCUGUCCUCAACAGGGACCCAAAGUGAGACUGUAUUGUUUAAGCAAGAGAACACAGCUGAAUAUGCAUGUGUGACUGCAACAACAGUUGGGCAAGAGAGUACUAAUACAGUGGCGCAAAAUGAGGCACAGAAUACUGACACAUGUUAAGGGUGAAGACAAUCCUAUCACUAAAGAUGGGAAGCAAGCAGUCAGUGACACACAAUAGUCAAGAGUGUAGAGGAGUCUCUUCCUGGAAGGAUAGCACUGUAAAUCAACAUUCUUACUUAGAAGAAUGCAGCAAAUGGACAGAUUUAAAUUAAAUUUACAGAAGCAAAUUGGUUGUUCCUGACAUUUUGUGGACUACACAUUUUGACAGUUUAUGCUGUUCAUUUUAACUUUAAAUGCUUUCAUCGCUGUACAUAUAAUUUUGUUACAUGUCAGAGCGUUAGUCUUUUUUUUUCCACAAUGAGUUGUUAUUGUGCUUUUUACAUUUAUGGAUAAAGAAUAUGUACACAUUUAAUAAAGCUUGUUUAACAAUAA